AUGUCCGACUCAGCAGCCCCACCAGCUUCGGACCCAGUCCUCCCACUCCUAACACCAGAAACGACGACCGACCCCACCUCCAGCCGCGCCUCGCUCCUCCGGAAAAACGCCCACGCCUUCUGCCGCGCCCUCCUCUCUCCACCCGCACCGCCCGCGCUCAUCGAGAAGUUCUUCACCUCGACCAAACCACGCAUCACGGAACACGGUCCCGCCUGGGCGACGGCUGUGCUCCCCUUCCUGGGCAAGACGUUCAGCGGCAAGGAGGGCUGUGUCGAGUAUUUCGAGGUGCUGGGCAAGACGCUGAAGAUGCAGAUGGGCGAGGCUACCUUCCCGGGGCCUGAGGGGUUUGUCGUGGACGCGGAGGCCGAGAUCACGGGCCUGGGCGCAGCAGAGGGGACGGCGAAGGGCGUCGUCAGCGUGGUGGGCAGGGCGAGGUUCGAGAGCGUGCAGACGGGCAUGGGCUGGGACGAGGCGUUUAUAUAUCGGCUGAGUGAGUGGGACGACGAGGGAAGGUUUGCGCAUUGGGAGGUUUGGGCGGAUCCGCUGAGUGCGUGGAUGGCGGUGAGGGGGAAGGAUGGGGGGGAGGCGUCGUGA